GGGGCGAUCCGCACAAAUCUUCCCAUUAGAAGCCAUGUAGUCACUGCAACCCGUAACAAUGCUCUCAACAGCGCUGCGUUCCGCUUCUUUAUCAUCCCUCCCAAUUCACUCUUUCAAACCCAAACUCCCUUCAUUCGCCUCUUUCUCUUCUCUCCAAUCUCCUCAACAACACCAACACCCACUAUGGCCCGGCCUUCAGAGCUGGAGAGACAGUUCGCUCAACCACAAUCGCUUCUGGGGACCUUCUGGUCCCGAACCGGAAACCCAAAUUGGACCCAAUCACCAGAACUCACAGUUGGAUUCCGCCACUUCUUUAGCUGAAAUGGGCGCCAUGAUUUUAUCCACCAGUGACCCCAUAACGAAAUCGAGGCUUUCUCAUCUUGCUUACUCUAAGUGGCGCAGAGAUAAGCUCCCUAUUGGGGCUUCUCAACCACCUCAUAGACCUGCUCGUCCUUCAAAACCCCAAUUGGUGUCUCCAAAGGAAAUCCCAGCUCCAAAGAACUCAGGAUUGCCUCUCAACGCCUAUAUGCUACACAACCUUGCUCAUGUUGAGCUUAAUGCAAUUGAUUUGGCAUGGGAUACUGUUGUUAGAUUUUCACCAUAUAGUGAUCUUCUUGGAGAUAAGUUUUUUUCCGAUUUUGCCCAUGUGGCCGAUGAUGAGAGUCGCCAUUUUGCUUGGUGUACUCAGAGACUGGCUGAGCUUGGAUUCAGUUAUGGAGACAUGCCUGCCCAUAAUCUACUAUGGCGUGAGUCUGAGAAAUCUUCAGAUGAUGUUGUUGCUCGUUUGGCUGUCAUCCCACUAGUCCAGGAGGCUAGAGGACUUGAUGCAGGGCCUCGACUUGUGCAAAAGCUAAUUGGAUUUGGAGAUGUUAAAACAUCAAAAGUUGUGGCCAAAAUUGCUGAAGAAGAGGUUGCACACGUGGCAGUUGGUGUGUAUUGGUUUGUUGCAGUUUGCCAACAAAUGGGCCGGGCCCCAUGUCCAACAUUUAGAGACUUACUAAAAGAGUACAAUGUGGAGGUGAAAGGGCCCUUCAAUUACACUGCACGGGAGGAGGCUGGACUUCCACGGGACUGGUAUGAUCCGUUAGUUGAGACGGAAGAAGAUAAGGAGCGGCUCUCUAAGGUUCAUGAUAGGCUUGCUCAUAUAAUAUCCAUGGAGAAAGAGAACUCGAAUUUGAACAAGAGAAACUAAUUUAUGUCAAUGUGUGACGCUGUUUUUUUGUUCGUUUUUUUUUUCUUCGUAUCAUGUGUUUUGUGGAUAAACGAUGUUCAAGAAAUAUUUCAGAAAUCACGGAAAACUUGGGAAGUGAAAGGAAAAGACGUGGAUGCCCUCCUCAUGUCUAUCUUUGAAAAUAACCCUGCAAAACUUGUUUAGUCA